UGAGGUUGGUUUGGUUCUUGUUGUUCCUUAGUUCCAUUUGGGUUGUGAGAGGAAGUAAAAAAUGGAAGAAGAUCAAGAACUCAAGCAUGUGUGCAAGAUAUGCAGCAAGAGCUUCCUCUGUGGCAGAUCCUUGGGUGGCCACAUGAGAUCUCAUCUGAUCGACAAUGAAUCAGCUGGGACGGAUGAGAAUCUCAAUCUCAACACAAGCAAGCUCUUGCCGACAAAUACUGGUUAUGAGCUCAGGGAAAAUCCGAAGAAGACGUGGAAAGGAGCAGACUUUAGUGAGGAGACCUCUGUUCCGGAUUCGGCGCAUGAGAGGUUUUGCAGAGAAUGUGGCAAAGGGUUCCAGUCGUGGAAGGCCUUGUUCGGCCACAUGAAAUGCCACUCAGACAAAGAAAAAGUUUGCGGUAGCUUGGGAGGCCGAGACGGUUAUGACCAGAAGCAGCUUCCGAGAGAUGGCCAAUCCGAAAGCGAAGAAGCAAAGAUUCUCUAUAGGAGGAGGAGAUCAGAAAGAAGAAAAAGGCACAUGGCGAGAGCAGGUGCAACUAAUUCUUCUUCUUUGUCGUUUGCAACUGCUGCUUCUUCUGCUUCUUCUGCUUCUGAGAUUGAUCAGCAAGAGCAAGAGGAAGUGGCCAUGUGCUUGAUUAUGCUCUCUAGGGAUGUGAAAAUCAGUAGUUCUCUGUGGGGAUGCAAAGAGGAAACAAAGAUGAAGAUGAAGGACCUCGAGGAAAAGAAUAAUUUGGAGACGGGAACUUCAGGAUUUGAUGAUUUCCAAGCUAAUAGUAGAAUUGCCCAUUUUUGUGUUCUGGCGAAUUCAGGGCAUUGGGACAAGAUAGAUAUGUUGGCUGACAGCAAGAAGUUCAAGAAAGAAGUCCAAUCCCCAUCGAAGUUUUCGAAUACCACUUCAGGGAAGAAUCAGAUCGAGGAAGUUGUGACCGAUCAUGCCGGACUUCAGUUAGGCAAGACCAAUUCAAGCCAGAGGAAGUUGACCUGUUCAUAUGAUGCAGAAUUGAAAGUGAAUCUCCCGAAAAAACGGGAUUCUGAAAUUUCGGACUUCGAAAUUUUGCAGAGCCCUGUCAAGAGAAGCAGAUUCCAGUGUACCACUUGCAACAAGACAUUUCACUCUUACCAAGCUCUAGGUGGUCACAGAGCCAGUCACAAGAAGGCAAUGCCUUCACCCGCAUCAGAGAUCGAGAGCAAUGACAAUAGUAUUGAAACCACAAUCUCUCCUGAUCCAACAGUGGAUAUAAAGCAACCCGAGAGCACUUCCAAUCUCAACAAGGUAUUUGUGUUCAGAAAUGACUUGAAGAUCAAGAGUAAGGAGCAUGAGUGCCCAAUUUGCUUUAAGGUCUUUCCAUCAGGGCAAGCACUGGGUGGUCACAAGAGAUCUCACUUGCCACGCGAACCCGAGACAAGAAAGGAAGAACCCAUCUCCAGUCUUUGCAAUCCAAUCCCGAAGGUUCGGGAAUUCUUGGAUCUUAAUCUUCCUGCUCCUCUUGAUGAAGAGGAGAGAGGACAUGUUGACUUCACUCCAUGGUGGUUAGAAAGAAACUGCAAUCCUGAGGUCCUGAUUGGUCUUGUCUCUAACUGAGCUCUCACUCACACUGGUCUGAUUCAAGUUUUCCCUUCAAAUAUUGAUACUGAUUCAGUGCCCCUCAAACUAGGCCGCCCUCAAAGUUGAUAUUUUUAAGUUUCUGUCAACUGCUAAGAAGUUUCUCUGAACUCUCCUCCACUACCGUUUCAGAGCUUUUGAAGCGAGCUAGUAAAGGAGUGACGCUUCUGCAAUGUCCAAAGUGACUUCUUUAAUCGUUUUGCUGCAGUUAGACUAAGAUUAAUUCACUGUUCAUUACCAGCAGAGCCAAUCCUUGAUUGCUCAAAGCGAUGUAUACUCUUUCUUGGCAUCAAAGGGACAUGAAUGAGGUGUUGAAAUUGUGGAGGUUGAGUCACGAAAGAGGCUGCAAAAAGCCAAGAUUGUAACUGGGGAAAGAGACUAGAACCAUGUCAGGUGAGCUCAAGGUGGUUGCUCAGUCACGUACCAUCAAAACAUGACAGCCCAUCUCACUUCUUCUCCAUCUUAUUAUAGAGUUUAAAAUAUGUACAGGCCAUGUCAACAAAGGCUUAUCUUAGAGAGUGUUUGCACUUGGACUU